ACACACAUUCAUUCUGUCUCUCUCUCUGUCUUUCUCUCUAUCCCUCCCUCUCCUUGUCUCAGUCUUUCUGUCUCAUGCUCAGACAGACAUGCCCAUUCUUUCAGUUGCUCAGACACACAGCCACUGACACAGGAACACAUACUAGAGGGGAAGGCAUCCACUAGUCCUCUCAUUCUUCCUCACUCUUCACUCCUCUCGUCUCGCUGUGUUUUUCUUCUUGGAAGCUGGCUGUUCCGUCCCUGCUCUGCUCUACCUCAAUCCCAGCCCUACUUCAGGAGGCUCAGAUUGCUGCGCCAGGAAUCGGCAGCAGCCAGCGCACUGAGCAGAGAAGCCCAGUUUGUUGAGAGACAGUCCCCUGUUGUACUGGUGAGAGAGAGACCCCUCGGCACACUGGCCAUACCCCCACCCUCCCGUCUCCAUGUAUCCUGAAUCUACCACAGACUCACCUGCCCGCCUCUCCCGACAGACUGGCUCGCCGGGCAUGAUCUACAACGCACGCUAUGGGAGCCCUAAACGACAGCUCCAGUUCUACAGAAACCUUGGGAAGUCUGGCCUGAGGGUGUCCUGCCUUGGACUAGGAACAUGGGUGACGUUUGGUGGACAGAUAACAGACGAGAUGGCCGAGCAGCUUGUGUGCCUGGCCUACGAGAACGGCAUCAAUCUGUUUGACACAGCAGAGGUCUACGCUGCAGGGAAGGCUGAGGUGGUGCUGGGGAACGUCAUAAAGAAGAAAGGAUGGAGACGUUCCAGUUUGGUGAUCACAACCAAGAUCUUCUGGGGCGGAAAAGCAGAGACUGAGAGAGGCUUGUCCCGAAAACACAUUAUAGAAGGUUUAAAGGCCUCACUGGAGAGACUGCAGCUAGAGUAUGUGGAUGUGGUGUUUGCAAACAGACCGGACCCCAACACUCCCAUGGAAGAGACGGUGCGGGCGAUGACCCAUGUGAUCAACCAGGGCAUGGCCAUGUACUGGGGCACGUCCCGCUGGAGCCCCAUGGAGAUCAUGGAGGCGUACUCUGUGGCGCGGCAGUUCAACCAGAUCCCUCCCAUCUGUGAGCAGGCUGAGUAUCACAUGUUCCAGAGGGAGAAGGUAGAGGUGCAGCUGCCAGAGCUCUUCCAUAAGAUAGGUGUGGGGGCGAUGACAUGGUCACCACUGGCCUGUGGGAUCAUCUCAGGGAAAUACGACAGCGGGGUACCACCUUACUCCCGCGCUUCUCUUAAGGGCUACCAGUGGUUGAAGGACAAGAUCUUGAGCGAGGAGGGCCGGCGUCAGCAGGCGAAGUUGAAAGAGCUGCAGGCAAUCGCAGAGCGGCUGGGCUGCACUCUGCCCCAGCUCGCCAUCGCGUGGUGCCUACGGAACGAGGGGGUGAGCUCCGUACUUUUGGGGGCAUCCAACACCGACCAGCUGAUGGAGAAUAUAGCAGCAAUACAGGUUCUUCCCAAACUAUCCUCCUCAAUCACACACGAGGUAGAUAGCAUCCUGGGGAACAAGCCGUACAGUAAAAAGGACUACCGUUCCUAACUCACCACCACGCCAGCCAGCAGGGCUGCUCCAGGGCUGCUCCAGGGCUGCUCCAGGGCUGCAGCACAGCGCCAUGCCCCACCUUUGCCUGAUCCUCCGUUUGCUUGAGCUUUUACUGAAUUAGACCCCGGCGCAUGAGUCUGACCCUGCCUCAGCCACCCUGGGGAGCAUCAUGUAGACUUCCAGAGAAAAGGAUGAAGAAAUAGAGAGUUGGUCACAUCUGCAGGGAAGGAAGGACAGAUAGAAGAAAGAUGUAUUUUUAAAACUGAAGAAAAAAUAUGUUUAUAAAAAACAUGCUUGCUUGGCAGCCAGAUAUUUCUUUUUUUUUGCAGUCGUUUCUCUAAAUACUGAAUGCAUACCAAUGGAUUUAAGUUUAUACAAAUAUACAACAAAAACUCUGUUGCACAUGUCUGCCACACAUUAGUUUUUUUGGAGUUCUGUUUAAUAUGCACAUCACAGUUUCUCUGAAACAGCUGUUAGUUUGUGUCAUCUACAUAUUAUCAGUGUACCAGCCUCCUCACAGGCAGAACAAUCAGCACUUUACUAUUGUACAGUUCAGUCAUUAAGAGGUUGUAGAAUAUGUGAGAGGAUGAAAUAACUCAACUAUAUCACACACGGUGAGUCAUUGCACUGUAGGAUCUUCUCCCCUGUUUCAGUUUCCUACCUGUUCCCCUUAGUCAGUCUGGUCUCCACAUUGCUGGUUCAUAACAGACUGUUAUUUGACAAUAGUCCCUGGCCAACGGAAACACUAGUUGGUUUAAGUGGCAGCCCUUCCUGCCCAAUAGGAGUGAAAGCUCAGGGAUCGGAACAGUAUUUAAUGUCCAUGUCUUUCUUUCAUGUGUGGACACCUAAUGGGGACCUGUCCACUGUCAAACCAGGGACAUUUUCACGUGGCUUUGAGCCAAAGAUAUUCUAACAUCUUUCAACGCCACAUCUAAGUGGGUGUGGCUUGUUGGAAGAGUAUAGCAACCGUCUUAAAGCCUAUACUAUCCAGCUUAUUACCUAUUGACUCUCUUCACGUGUACAGUAUAAUCACUUGAUCAUGCUGUUCUAUGCUUAUACCCACAUACACAGUACACAUUAAUUGUACACCCCUCUAUUUAGGGAACGAUACGUUGAUUUUCAGAAGGCAGAUGAUAAUCUAUACAUUUUCAAUAAUCAUAUACAUUGCACCCUGAAGACAUCUGCCGCUGCCCUCGUAUUCACUCUCUAGCUGUUAGGUCCUCUCUUACUGUGAGACAAAGCGCAAAGUGGAUAGCAUGUGAUACGUCCUCCAUGCAUGAGCCUUCGUCCAACAGCCUCUGGGGAUUAUUCAGACCAAGCAAAGUCAUGGUUACAAGAGUAAACUAAAAUGUGUAAAUAUAAGGAAUACUCACUCCUCUUUCGUAACUCAUUCUCUGGUUCAACGCGUUCAGUUUUCUAGUACUGUAGGUCAAGGUCACGCGUUCAGUAAAAACUUGCAGUAUCUUUUUUACAGUCAGGGUCAAGUCUUAAUGCUAUGUAUGUGUUUGUAGGUAUUUGUUUGUUUUUUAAUGCAAUACUAUCAAGUAAAUGUUGAAAUGUAUCUUUCAUGCAAACAUUUUUAUUAGUGCUUGGUAAUGGAGUCCAGCCAGUUAACAUAUUUUGGGGAGGUAUAUGCAAACCUGCGUAACAUGCAGUUCUUUAGUGAUAAUCCAUUAAUGUAACAUAUCUGAUAAAGUACUUAGCUGACUAUAUCAUAAGUACUUAGCUGACUCUAUCAUAAGUACUUAGCUGACUAUAUCAUAAGUACUUAGCUGACUAUAUCAAGACCAAUUUUGGUAUCAUUUGAUGCAAUAUUUCAUAAUGAAAAUACUGAUAAUACAAAGAGCUUUCCGGUAACGGAGUUAUAAACAUGCAAAAUAGCAUAUUGCAGUAAAAUGGAUCGAUAUUUCUAGGACAAUUUCCUGAUUGAAUAUGUGUCAUGGAGCCAUAUGGGAGUCAUAAAAUGAUUCAAAAUCAUGUAAAGUAAGUAUCGUUUCAUUUCUGGACAGCUGUGACUCCAUCACCAAGCACUAAUCAAUAUUUUGCAUGAAAGAUAUAUUUGAACAAUUACUUGUUAAUAUUGCAUUAAAGCACUAACAAAUACCUACACAUGCAUAUAUAGCAUUUUGAUUUGCCCUGAUUCUAAAAAUAUUUAUAAUUAUAGUGGGAGUAUGACUCCGUUACCCUCCGCAAGGCCUUGCCCUUGUGUCAUUGGAUUGAAGGGAUGUCAAUCAUGUGCUUCGCCUGUCAAAUUGAAAGGUGACGAGAUUGAGGGGAUAUUGAAUUACAAAAUCUUUUUGCAUAUUAAACUACGUACAAAUAUCCUUUCUUUUAGUUAUUUAAAUGUUUUUAGGUUGAAUACUUAAUAAAUAUAUAUAUAAAUGAAAUCCAUGAAAUCAUUUUUACACAUUUAACCUUUGAAAAUAAUGUCCAAUGAUGAACUAAAAAGGAUAAUAAUGCUCUCAUGUACAUAUUGGAGAUGUCAUUUGCUGUAGAAAAAAGGGGAAUACAGUCAUGCUUGAUUUUGUACAAAGUAACACUCGUGUUUAAACCAUCAUAACUUUAGACAGGAUACAGUUACAUACAUAAUGAAGUGUACUCUAGAAACUACACAAAGACCUUUAUCAUUGUAUAUAUGGCAUCGAGUAACUCUUAUUUUUUUAUGUAGAUGCUAACCAUGGUGUGACCUGGCCCUGUAGUGUCAGUGAGUAGGGCGAAACUGACAUGAUGAGUGAAGUGUAGAUGCUUCUCAGGCAAAGUGAAGAGGAGAUUUGGAGAAUCAGAUUGAGUGAGGUGUGUAUGUGAUGCUAACGCCUCGGGUCAGACAACAAAUAAUUGGCAUAGAUACAGAGUCAAAGUGUGUGUGUGUGUGUGUGUGUGGAGGGGAAACAAAUCUUUCUAGCGUCUGUGUUAAAUGUGAACUGUACAUUUUGAUUUGUCUGGUACUAUGUCUUGAGGGAAUUAGUGGCAAAAGCCAAUGUGGUUUUCCCAGAAGAAAAAAAAACAGUUUCAUAAUGUAUCAUGAUUUUCUGUCUUACUGUCUGUCAGGUAAUGAGCGAAAUGACCGGAAAUUGUGCAGCAGAAAUGUUUCAUAAAAUAAAAAGCUCAAAGGCACUGUCACAAUGAGUUUUCCCUAGACAUAUUUGGUGGUCUUUGUCACACUAUCAAUUCAAUGUCACACGUACAUGCACAGAGCUGUGCACUGAUUUGUCUGGUGAUAAAUGUGAUGGUGUUGAAUGUAGCUCCAUCUCGCCCCCAGGGCUGUGCUGUAGAGAAAGGCUGUGCUGUACAGAGAGAGACUGUGUUGUAGAGAGAGAGGCUGCUCUGUAGAGAGAGAGGCUGUGUUGUAGAGAGAGAGGCUGCUCUGUAGAGAGAGA